AUGAAGUAUAAGUAUUGGAAUAUCGCGAUUGCUCCCUUUCAAGGAUUCAUAUCAAGGGCCCAUCAUAACACACGUAUGUGCUUUCUUGCCAAAGCCGUCAAGUACUUAAGUAAUCUAAGACACCCAGAGCCAGUGCACCCUAAGGUCCACGGAUCGCUUCACCACGUCUUCGCAACCCCAAAUCAGCUCACCUGCCAGUUCAAAUCCCUUGAACUUACCAUCAACAUGCCAGAGUCGCAAGCUGUAGGAAAGCUUCCGCCGGGAUAUUGCCUGGAGUCAGGCGUCCCCUCUAUUGCCGAAUAUCGCGAACUCCGCAAGUUGUCGGGCCUCACUCCUGUCACUGAGGCACAAGCUGCUCCCGUGUCGUCCGGGAGCUGGUACGGCUGCCACAUCACCUAUCGCAAAACCGAGGAUGAAAGACCCCGAGCUGUGGCGAUGGGUCGAAUUAUUGGAGAUGGCGGCUGGUAUUUUCUCAUCGCAGACAUGGCUACGCUACCCGAGCACCAGAGGAAGGGACUUGGAAGCAUUAUCCUAACACAUUUACUGGCUUACAUCAAGGAGAACAGUCCGGACGAUGGAAUUCCCUACGUUAAUGUGAUGGCAGAUCCACCUGGACGAAAGCUUUAUGCGAACAACGGAUUUGUUGCCAGUGAAACGUACGAUGAGCUCGGGAUGGUCUUGCUCAUGCAGAAGUAG